GCGUUUUCUAAAUGGAAGUACGACACUACUUUAACCUCGUUGAUGUCAAAAGGUAGCCCUUUUCCAGCUAUCAAAUGUCACGCUCGACAACAAGCGCAAGGAGAUGAUUGGUUGGAUCUCUCUUGGGAUCAAGAGCUCCGGGGAGGAAGAGCAGCAGGUUAGAAUCCUAACGGCACCACUAAGGCUGAUCUACCUGGACUCAACGCAACACAACACAACACGACAAGAGACACACCCUCCGUGCCCUGAACUCAAUCCCAACAGAAAUGCCUCCACCGGGUGUAUGCAUGAGCAUCGUUAAUGCACGCCACAGCAAAGACGGCUAUGGAACCAUCGACAACCCUGACAACUUCUUAAAGCAAGACUACCGGAUGUUGAAAGAGAUGUGCCUGAGCCGCCAAGUACGGUACAUCGAUGAUAUGUUCCCCCCUGACAGGAGAAGCAUUGGCAACAACUUACUGAGUCCCGAUGACCUGCAAAGAGUGCAGUGGCUCAGACCAGCGAAACUUGUUCCCAAUCCAUCUUUUGUUACUGAUGGCGUCUCCAGGUUUGAUUUUGGUCAAGGCCUGCUUGGAAACUGCUGGUUUCUUGCAUCCAUGGGUGCACUGACAUUUCAGAGAGGCAUCUUCGAACAAGUUGUUCCUCUUGACCAAAACUUUGUUCAGGACUACUGUGGGCUGUUCCAUUUUCGGUUCUGGAGAUUUGGCAGAUGGGUGGACGUCACCAUUGACGACAAACUCCCAACACUCAAUGGCACACUCAUUUUUGUACACUCCAAAGACCCAACAGAGUUUUGGCCUGCUUUGUUGGAGAAAGCUUAUGCUAAAGUGUGUGGAUCCUACUCAGACAUGAAUGCUGGAACACCCAAUGAGGCGUUGGUGGACUUCACGGGCGGGGUCCAUAUUUGUAUCCAGCUGUCAGAACCACCCUCAAACCUUUGGGAGAUUAUGUUCAGAGCCGGACAAUUCAAGUCACUGAUGGGAUGUGGCACUCCUCAGGGGAAGACAUCUGCCAACACCGUUUUGCCCAAUGGAUUGGUCGAAGGCCACGCCUACACUAUCACCGGAGUCAGACAGAUGAUGAGUCGCGGGCAAGUCGUAAAAAUGGUGCGUUUGUUGAACCCCUGGGGCAAAGUGGAAUGGAACGGAGACUGGAGUGAUGGGUCACCUCUGUGGAAAACAGUGAGCCAACAGGAUCGAGAUAUGUGUCUUGCUGUUUUUGACAAUGGAGAGUUUUGGAUGUGCCUGGAAGAUUUCUGUAGAUUCUACGAUGACCUUGACAUUUGCUGUCUAUGCCCUGAAUUCCUUGACGGAGAGUCAUCCUGCCAUUGGAAAACGUCCUUCUACGAGGGCAGAUGGCUCGCUGGAAAAACAGCCGGAGGAUGCAUGAACUUCCCAGAUAGCUUCUGGACUAAUCCGCAGUACCGAGUAACGAUUGACAAGCUAGAAGGUGCAUGUGCUGCCAAACAAGGGGACAUCAACAUGCUGGUGUCGCUCAUGCAGAAGCCGGACAAAAGAAACAGAGCACUGGUCAAGAAUCUCCACAUUGGAUUCUCCGUCUUUGAGGUUCCAGAAGAAUUGAAGCCCCAGAAGGGGAAGUUUCCCGCCGCUUUCUUCAGCAGAAACCGACCUGUUGCUCAGUCUAAAAAAUACUUAAAUGCCCGUGAAGUGAUGGAACUCAUCGCGUUGAAACCUGGCGAAUACCUGAUUGUACCAUCCACCUUCAACGCUAACGAGACUGCCUCCUUCAUCCUGACCAUCCUCUCCAAGUCAGAGACCCACAUUCAUGAGAAUUCCGGUGGCCAUGACCAUGACCAUGAACAUGGACAUACGGACGUGGAAGAGUCCAAGGAGAAUAAGGACAUGAAAAUCUUGUUCCAGCAAUUGUUUGACAAGUAUGAUGAAGUGGACGCCGUGUUGCUUCAGAAGCUUCUCAAUGAUAAAGUCUUGAAAGAGGACUUGAAAAACGGGGACUUCAGCAUCGAUGCGUGCCGCAGCAUGGUUGCUUUGAUGAGCACACCUGGCACUGGAAAACUGAAUGCUGAGCAACUGUUUGAUCUGUGGACCAAGAUUGUCAUGUACAAGGAUGUUUUCUUGCGCACCGACGUGUCACAAAAUGGAGGCCUGUCACUGAGAGAGCUGAAGAAUUCCAUGUACGCUUUAGGAACAAGGGUCAGUGAAGAUAUGUUAAAUAUGCUGCUUUUACGCUACGGGACCCCUUCUGGCCAUGUAACGCUGGAGAACUUCAUCAGUCUGGCUCUUCGCCUUGGCUUCAUGAAAAAAAUCUUCAAUCGCUUUUCUGAUGGAAUGACCGUGACGCUCCGGGAAUCCGAGUGGAUGUACAUUUCCAUGUGCAACUAAAAGGAAGUCCCAUGAUGUCAGAAGAAAGGCAAGACAAAGUGUGACUUGUAUGGUAUGGAAGAUAUGGUAGAUAUGGAAGAUAUGGAAGAUAUGGUAGAUAUGGUAGAUAUGGAAGAUAUGGUAGAUAUGGUAGAUAUGGUAGAUAUGGUAGAUAUGGUAGAUGUGGUAGAUGUGGUAGAUGUGGUAGAUGUGGUAGAUGUGGUAGAUGUGGUAGAUGUGGUAGAUGUGGUAGAUGUGGUAGAUAUGGUAGAUAUGGAAGAUAUGGUAGAUAUGGUAGAUAUGGAAGAUAUGGUAGAUACGUAUUCUGUACUAAGUGGAACAUAGAACUAGAAUACUAAGCUUUUAAAAUCCAGCCUUGUGAGUCUGACUGGAAUGAUAAUGUUUUGUACCAGCUAAUAUUCAAUAAAACCCUUCAUACCCAAUUCCAGUUUUAAAAAAAAGUCACAUAUUUCAUGACUGGGAAUACACAACAUUCAUGAAAACUAAAGUGUGCGACAUCUCCAUGGGUCAGGUUCUCUGGAUCCACUUCACUGAGGGUUGCCUGGGGGCAGGAAUCACAUUGGCAUUCAAUCUUUUCAUUUUUUAGUUUCAUUUAUAUAUUUCUUGUAAUAUGUGUUGACAAAUAUGGGUCAACUACAGUUUACAGUUACACUAU